AUGGACGAUGAGGAGUACACCUUCAACGCCCUGCAGGAACCCCUCUAUCGAGUGGAGACGGGCAACUACGAGUAUCGUCUGAUUCUACGCUGUCGUCAGGACGCUCGCACGCGUUUUGCCAAACUGCGCAAUGAUGUCCUCGUCAAGUUGGAAUUGUUGGACAAUAAACAUGUACAAGACACUGUCGUCCAGCUGCAACGCUUCGUCACAGCCCUCGCCACCUAUCACGAAAGCUGCUACGAGGUCAUGAAAUCCGCCGUUAUCUUCCCCCUUGAAAUGGACCUCUCGCGAGACGCCUUCGCCUACCGGUCGGAUGUACUCAGCACCGGGGAUUACGAGGAGGAUGAGGAAGAAGACGAUGACCAUGAUCAUGGGCCAGACGACCAUGAUGACAAAAUUCUUAGCGCGGCAGGAUCAC